GUAUUACUGCUGCAACAAUCGAUCACAGAGAAAAGCUGGCCCUGCAAUUGCGUACAUACAUAUAUCGGCACUGCGCGAUGAAAGAGGAUGAUCUGAUCUCCAGAGGCUGAUUCGAGGCCUGUAACUGGUCUCUGGCCGCAGGACCUCGUCGGGCAAUUCCGUCGUGGAUCUUCGUGGGAAGCGCAUGGCUGGUGAUUUCGGGAGUUUUGCGUACCAAUCAUGUUGUACUCGUGCCGGAAGCGACGUUGGGCGACGACGCUUGAGAACUAAAAGGCGCGAAGUUUAUAUUCGUUGCCACAGGAUUAUCACCGUGUAUUAUUAUUAUCCGGGUGUCCAGAAUUUGUAUGGGCUGUCAUUGAGCAGAAUACAAGCUGCGGAUCGGCAACACCGGCGCCAGUGCGGAGAUGUCAUAUUGAUUGGUGCGAUAAUCUACGAUGGGUACUCUUCCUGCGCAGUCUGGAUGUAUAUGCAUGCUGGUAAAUUUACCCGGUCUCGCCCAUUCGCCGCCCAUGCGAACGUUCUUGGGACUCCACGCCAACAGGGAUUAUUAUUCAAUUUCGCCAUACUGGUGACACAAGACCGAUGCGGACGAGAGGAAACCUGUCUGUCGGGAUGAGCUUUACUCUUUGUGCAGUAGUCGCGGAGCGUGAUUGCGUUGCGGUAUUUCCUGAUGCUGGCUAUACCCAGAGCAGUAUGUUUUCCUUGACUAUGUGCAUACAAUACUUGUACACAGAGAUACGAAGUCCCAGGAGCGUGGGUUAAAUCUGCAA